AUUCGACAACAUGGAGAGGAAACAUCUGUCAGCUUUUGCAUUGUACCAAAAUGCGCUAUUAGCAUCGACUCCUGAAGUUAAAACAUCAUCUGUGAAGAUUACAGCAAAGAAGCGGAAGGAAAAUGGUAUCCAGCCCCCCAAAUCCAUCAAAAAGACUAAAAGGAAACAGAUGGGCAAGCAGGUCAUAAAAGCGGCACAGAGAGAGGAGAGGGUGGAGAGACUGGCAGAGGAGGUACAGUGUGGAGAGAGAAGCGGAGUGGCACUAGAUGCUCUGCUGAGUGACCUGGCUAAAGUCAGCAACAGCAGGGUGAGAGCCAGCAAACUUUUCCAGUGGCUCAUCCACCCAAUUCCCUCCAAGAGUUUCUUCAGAGAUGCAUGGGAAAAGAAGCCAGUUUUGAUCAAACGCCAGAAUCCAGACUAUUAUACGGGACUGUUCUCCACAGCAGAGUUUGAUCGCAUUUUAAGACGGGAUGACGUUCAGUAUGGGGUGAACCUGGAUGUCACCAGCUACAGAAACGGCAAAAGAGAGACACACAAUCCUCCAGGAAGGGCUCUCCCAUUCACUGUAUGGGACUUCUAUGAGAGUGGUUGCUCGCUACGUAUGCUUAACCCCCAGGCCUUCUCCUCCACUGUGUGGAAUGUGCUGUCCAUCCUCCAAGAGCACUUUGGCAGCAUGGCAGGAGCCAACAUGUAUUUGACACCUCCAGGAACACAGGGCUUUGCUCCACAUUAUGAUGAUAUUGAGGCCUUUGUGGUUCAGCUGGAAGGGAAGAAGCACUGGAGAGUUUACAACCCCAGGUCAGAAAAUGAGGUCUUGCCUGUCGUUUCCAGUCCUAACUUCAGCCACUCAGAGAUCGGGAAGCCCAUCCUGGAGGUAGUCCUGGAGGCUGGGGACCUCCUCUACUUCCCCCGAGGGUUCAUCCACCAGGGGGACUGCCUGUCGGAUGUUCACUCCCUCCACAUCACUGUCUCAUUUUACCAGAGGAACAGUUGGGGAAACCUACUGGCAAAGGUGGUCCCAGCAGCCCUAGAGAUGGCCAUGGAGGAGGAUGUGGACUUCAGACGAGGCCUGCCUGUGGAUUACCUGACGUACAUGGGGGUGCAGAACUCAGACAAGGAGGAUCCACGCAGGGCCCAGUUCCUAUCCAGAAUAGAGGGUCUGAUGAAGAAGCUAUCAACCUUUGCCCCUGUGGAUGCUGCUGUGGAUCAGAAAGCUAGGGACUAUCUCCAUGACUGUCUCCCCCCGAUGCUGACCGCAGAGGAAAGGGCCAGCAGUGUCCAGGGAGCUCCUUCCAGGUGGGAGAAUGGAGAGGCUGUGGACAUGGGUGUGGCUAUCAGAGGCCAGACCAGAGUCAGACUCGUCCGUUCUGGAGUCGCCAGGUUAUGCAGUGAUGGAGAAGCAGUUUGGCUUUACUACACUGCCGACAACUCCAGAGUCUACCACAAGGAGGAGCCCAAGAGCGUUGAAAUAAAAGCAGAGCACACAGAUGCCAUGGAGUUUCUGAUCCAUGCAUAUCCAAAGUUUGUGACAGUGGGCAGCUUGCCAUGCAAGUUGGCUGAGGACAAGGUGUCCUUGGCUGAGCUGCUGUUUAAGAGAGGGCUUAUUCACACUGCAGAACCUCUGCAGCAAUCCUGAAGAGUUUCAAAAUAAAUGUCUGCCACGCCAGCAUCAUUCACUUCACUAUUAUGUGUAGGUAGAAUUGUUCUGAUUUUUAGGACAGCGGUCAUUAACUCAGUAGUCCAUCAGCAUUGCCCUCUACAACAAAUUAAUCUAAACUCUUCAAAAACUGUUAGUAAUAGAGCUGUAAUAGCUAUUUUACAAUGUUACCCUUUACUUGUUCAGUAAGUAUUGAAUUAAACUUACUUGCAUAUUGGUAUAAAACACUCCUUGUUUGUGUGUGUUGCUAAUGUCCAACUUUGCCUUAUUGCUAUAGCUGUGGAUACUUAAAUCACAAAUGAAUGACUAGAGGUUAAGAUGACAACAGGACAUGUUUAUUGGUUGAUACAGUGACUGAAACGUAUCGGGGUGCUUGAUUUGAAGACCAUCCAGGAAAUGUAAAUCACACAACAGGAGAUGUGACUAACGCACAAUAAAUAAAUAUUCCAAGACAGGUGGGUCUACUUCCAGGUGACUUCCUCGCCAGGCUUCAGCUCCCUUUUUUAUAGGGGAGAAAAGUCAGAGAACCAUUAGAGCCCACUUAGAUUAUUGCUAGGAAUGUAUGCUUUCAUAUG